AUGUCGAAGCCCAAGAAACCACCGGCGCUGAACAAGGUGCCACGGAGAGAUCCGCUGGCUUCCUUGAAGAUGGCUGAUAUGUUGAUAUCCAAGCCAGUACUUCCUGCAGAGGUCCUGGCCACUGUGAUCGACAACCUGACGGUACCUGAUCUGCUUCGAUUCGCUCGAGUAUCGCGCCGGAUGCAUGAGAUGAUAUAUGACGAUUCACGAUGGGUGAAACGACUAAGGAUGAUGGGAUGUUGGAAUGACGCUGAAGCGAGGAGAAGAGCAGAGCCUCCAAAAACACCCACCACCCCAGCUCAAAGACGGAGUACAAUAGAUCGCAACUUGGUGAACGGGAAGGGUAGGCCAGAAGUCUUGUUUGACAUGGAUGCAUCCCCAGUUAACCAAUCUCGCCAAAUGAACCUCUUUUCACCCUUUCGGGCUCGAUCAGCGGCAGCGGAUGGGUUUGACGUGGCUGAGAUUUCGAGCCCGCGGACUCCGGCCUCUACAGGACUCCCUAUUGACCACGAUGCGGCAUUGUCAGCUUUCUCGAGGGUUAAAUCCAUCAGAGGACGGGCCAGACAAGAGUAUGGCAAGAUCUACAAACUCCUAGCCCCAUACUAUACCGAUCUGCUCUCUGCCUCCGACCCAAUGCAUAGCCGGAUAUUCAAGGAUUUCUCUCUCCCAGAUCAGCAAGCUCAACUUUUGGCGAAUGUUCAGAUCUUCUCUGCCAGUGACUUCUCGCCUGGCUCGGGCGAGAGGGACCGACAGAUCUCGGAAGUCGUUGGCAUCUUCGACACGACAUCUCUCCUGGAGUUUCGGAAGGGCUACGAGUUCAAGGAUAUACAUGGACGGAUGCGUCAGUACGCACAGGUCAUGUAUAUCCUCAACGGUGGGAAGAGUGGUGUUGACCUUUUCUUGCAUGACAACAAGAUGAUCAAUCAACGAGCCGAAUUCGGCUCCGUGGAAGAUUGCAUCGACUACUCCCUAGGCUAUGGCGAGCUGUCCCUGGAAAGGGUCCAAGCAUACUUUGAACGACUUGGGAAUGCCUUCAUGCAGGAAAAUGGCAUUGUUCAAGCUGUGUUCCCCAAUGCCAAGGAGGUAGCUCUUCUUCUGCUGGAAGAGAUAGCCAAGGAGAUCCUCUCACCUUUUCUAUCGGCAUUGUUCGAGGAUGCCCGGACUCGAGGAUCGUCUAUAUAUCUCCGAAUCAUAUCAGGAACAUUCCAGGCAACCAGACAAUUCAUCGAAAAUGUUGCUCUCCUCGAGGAUGUUGAUGAAACAAUUAUAGCACGAUGCAAUGCCAUUGGAACCAAAAUAUUUGCACCUCAUCUCGAAACCUACCUUGCUGAAGAACUAGCUUUCUUUCGCCACAAAGCAGAUUCCGAAGUCGAACAAUGGGAUCGAGCUUUGUCCGAACAGGCUGCCUCGACGGAGAGCUUUCUCAUGUCUAAUGUGAACCGGCAAGCCGAUAAGAAAGACUUCAUGUCAUCGUUCAAGCAAGUGCUCAUGAUGCCAGUCAAUAUUCUGCCUGUCUUUUCCGGCUCCUCCGCUCACAAAGUCGUUCCCAAGCACCUCGACAGCGAUGUCGCUUCCUUGUCAAGAUCUGCCACUCCUAACCAAUCGGGCUCCCGAACCAUGACUCCGGCUCUCCCCCAAGAGGCCCCGACCAAUGAACUUGCCGCCAAAGCUGCCCUGAUGAAUUCCAAGCUUGAGAAUAUCCGAUCCCUGUUCUCAAUUGAAGUCGCUCUCAACCUCGUCCAUGCCGCCAAGUCUUCGCUGGACCGUGCCGCACAGUUCAUUGCGUUAGGAGGUGAAGCCGGCGAAUCGGCUCGCACACAAUGUUCUGCAAUUUUCAUCUUGCUGGUACAGACUGUGGGGAUACGCCACGUCAAGACCGGUUUCGACAAGGCCAUUGAUCACUUGUCGCAUUACUCGGCUCGCGAGACGAACACCAACAACGAUGGUGAUCCGGCCACAACAGUCCAAGUGGCGCCCCUCGCGACGUUUCUCGAGCUCGUCAACGUAGGCGACCUCAUUCAGCAAAUGCUCGACGUUUUCUACGAGUCCGAGUUAGUGCGCUUACGCAUUUCCAACCGGGAUGAUUUCCUGGACGUUAAUGUGAAAGAGAAGCGCAGGUUCGAGGCUAUGCUUGAUGAGAGCGUGGCUGCUGGUUUAGGUAAAGGUAUCGAUGUGCUGAUGGAUGAAGUCGAGUACAUCUGCGCCACUACUCAGUUGCCUACCGAUUUCUAUCCCGAACUGGCCAUGCAAGAAGGCCACGCCACACAUCACGCAAGCACUGUGACAUCUAUACUAAAUGGUGGCACGAGCAGACCAGCCAGUAUAGCGAGUACAAUGCCUGUGAUGGACUUUUCCGGAAAGCCCACAGCGACUGCAUCGCGUGUGAUCCAGCUCGUUGCCCACCACACGGGCAUGUUGACCGGGGCGACUGAAAAGUCUCUGCUCGACGUCUUCACAGCAGAAGUUGGGCUACGGCUCUUUACCACGCUCACAAAACACAUCAAACGCCAACGGAUCUCUUGCGCGGGCUCCCUCAACUUGCUCAGCGACCUUUCCGCAUACUCACAGUUCAUCGCGACGUUCAAGAAUUCGGACUUGAACAGUUAUUUCACAGCCCUCAGGUCCUUGGCGCAGAUAUACCUCAUCCAAGGCACCAGUGAUAGGGACGUGAGAGAAAUGAGCACGAUUAUCGCGGACCAAGAGAGGUAUAAGGGCGUGUUUACCGUUGAGGAGGUCGUCGAGUUUGCAGAGAGGAGGAGCGACUGGUUAUUGUUGAGAGCGAGAGUAGAGGGCAAGGUGAAAGGCGAUGGCUGCAUAGCGAUGUGA